AUGUGUAUGAUCAACGAAAUUGAAUUAUUAGAUUGGUCAUUUUAUUCACCUGAAUUCAAUAUACCUCUUUAUGUUCAAUCUCUUGGUUCACUUAUUCGUAAAAGUAAACAACGAGUAUCAAGUUUAAAUGUUGAUAAUGAAAGUCGUAUACUUGCUUGUUAUGUAUGUCAAUUUUUUAAUAUGAUUAAUACAAUUGUUAUUGAAUUAUAUUCUUUUUUUGAGGGUGUUGAAUCAUUUGGUGAAUUUUUUCGUAUAUUAACUGUUGAUGAAGUUCGUACACGUCUUCGAAAACGUUUAUUAAAAGCACGAAAAUGA